GUUCACGCACGAACUAGAGGUCAACUUCUGGUCAGAACUUACACAACACAACGCACGUUUCGGUGACAGACUGACCGUGUAAGUCGGCCAAGUUUACAGGACGUGGUGUUGUGCUGACUGUGAAAUUAUGUAUUGACAUGUAGACAGGUGCAACAAAAACAGAUAAAAGUGCGGCAGGCUAAAAAUCAAAGAUGCAGUCUUUACCGAGGUUACUCAAGAGACCAAAGUUGCUGUCAUACACAUGGAGGGUGAAGUUCCACACAAGUUGUCUUUCACAACAAGACGUAUUGAUGGGCACAGUUGACAAAUGGGGAGGUGUGACAGUGGACCUGGGCAGUGCUGACUGUGGACUGGAGGGGACAUAUACCCACACCAGCCUCAGGGAACUGGAUGCCUUUGCAGGGAUGCUCAGAAACUCCCUCAAGCAAUGGAAGAUGGAGGGUAAGAAGGCAGUCUGGCUGAAGGUGCCCAUCUUACAGAGCCGGUUUGUACCGGUUGCUGCCAGUCAGGGUUUCCAGUUCCACCAUGCAGAUAAAGACUACUCCAUGCUGACAGCCUGGCUGCCGGCGGGCAGCUGUAAAAUACCUCACUUUGCAUCACAUCAAGUUGGUGUUGCAGGCUGUGUUCUCAGGGAAGAUACCAAAGAAGUUCUUGUUGUUCAAGACAGAAAUAGGGAGACAUCACACAUGUGGAAGCUGCCAGGGGGUCUGUCUGAUCCAGGAGAAUACUUUGGAGAGACUGCAGUACGGGAAGUGUUUGAAGAAACUGGGAUCCAGUCAGAAUUCCAGUCCAUCCUGACCAUUCGACAACUGCACAACUACCCCGGUGCCUUCGGGAAGUCGGACCUUUAUAUCGUGUGUAGACUGCGAGCUUUAGGUCAUGUCAUAGACCACUGUACAGAGGAGAUUAUAGGCUGUAAGUGGAUGGACGUGUCAGAACUGGCUACCUCUCAGUCCACCUCACUCAUCUCUACACAUGUCGCACGGCUGGUUCUGUAUGGCUUCAGGGAAGGCUUCGACAAGGUUGAUAUUGGAAUGAAGGAACUGCCUGCCGUGUUCAGGAACAUGACUUACAAACUGUACCACAGACAGAUCCCAGACAGUUAAAACAUGCGCUAAAGAUGUGCUAAGGCCAAGGGGAAAAGUGUCGAGUUUCUCGUAAGGCCAAAAUGAUGACAUCUGCCUCCGCAUUGAUUUUCAACUGAUUUGCAAAAAAAAAAAGAUUCUGGUUCUUAAUCAACUCAAAAUAUGCACAUAUUCUGCCCCCAACAGUUGAGGAAAGUCCUUUUUUUCCCUACCAGUUACAGUUUUUCCAUCUAUCAA